CUUUGCGCUGUGCAUGCCGGGAUUAAAUAUUGAUUUGGCGCGCUUCCGGAUUCCUGCGCGGUCAGAACGGCCAGCUGUAGACAACUAAGUCUGCAAAAAGGACUAGACUGUCCACUGUAAAAGUUGGACCAAUGCAUCAUGGAGGGGGGAAGCAGGCCGGGGGGUCGGAGACACAGCUGUGGGUGAGGCCUGAGCCCUUCACCCUUGGGGUGCUACCCCUACCCCCGCAUCCAAAGCUCGGGCUGCAUUACCUGAAGAAAAUUUCUGUAUAUGCCAAAACCAAAGGGAAGCAAGGAUUCCCUAGACUUAGCUAUGCUGUAUGGAAACAUGUUGCCUGCAACAAGCUCCAGCUGUCAGAGGAUCUGGCUUGGGUGUAUUUUGAGACAUAUGAUCUCCUAAGUCAUCCUAGUGGAGAAGAUCGAAGUGAACAAGAAGGGGUCACCCCAGGAAGAAAAAGUGUUGAAACCUUCAAAUUCCUGCUGUUCCUGUACAUCCAACAGUCUAACAAAAUCUCACUCAGAGAUUCCUCACUGGUCACAGGGGAAGAAUGGCCCACUCGUUCUCGCUCCCCCUCCCCAGACCCAGAUGGAAGAACAUCCCAUGGACCAAAGGGCCUGGAUGAACAGAACCACCUGCUGUUUGUUAUAAACCACCUGGAUGAGAUGAUGGGACUUCUGGUGGAGCCAGAUCAGUAUGGUGAUGGGGUACAUGACCAGUUACUGUCAAUAGAAGCUGUACAGGCCUUGGGCUUUGUUAUAGAAGGCUCAAGUAAUGGCAAACUAGUAAAGCCGGUCCAUACCAUUGCAAUGCAGCAUGGGGUACAGCAGCAAAGUGGAUACUCCAAGAUCUCCCAAAGCUUCUCGUUCCGAAGUCUCCAAACGUGGGUCAGGAAGCACCUGGGCGCAAACCUGUUUGGUAUCACAGCAUGUAUCGCUACAGGGAGACGGCUGUCAUGGACCAAACCAAUUGAGCAGGAUGGGAGGACAGAAAGCAGCCCAGGAAAGAGAGGGCGGGUAGCCACCAAUGCACACAUAGCCUCCAAACAAAACAAGGUAUUGAUUCUGUCUCAGGUGUGCAAGCAGACAGUUUCCCAGAGUUCAGAAGUGGUGAGUGAAGCACACAUCAAGAUCCACAGAUGUCACUUCUCCUUCAUCUACCUGCUGUCUCCACUCAGGUCUGUUAGUAUAGAGAAGUGUAAGCACACCACAGUAGUGCUGGGCCCGGUGGCGACCUGUAUCAACGUGGUGGGGUGUGAGCACACAACCAUCAUAGCUGUCUGUCGCAGGAUCAGUGUCAGUUCCUCAACCCUUUGUACGUUUCACACCUUGACCCCGUCUCAACCUCUGGUGUUCGGUGGUAACGACAGCUUGACCUUUGGCCCCUACCACACCCACUAUCCUCAGCUAGAAAGUCACAUGACCCAGGUGGGGCUAGGCACAGAGUCCAACUUCUGGGACCAGCCUCUAGCGCUAGGUAAGGUAGCGCUAGGUAAAGUAAAGCUAGGCCCGGACAGUCAGGAAGUCCCUGUGUUUGAGAUCAUGAACCCACGGGACUUCUAUGUCUUUGUGACUCCGUUUGACAUGGAGGGAGACACCAAGGAGAUCCCAGGUGGCCUGCCCGAGGAGUACGAGCGAGCGCUGCACCACCGUGAGAGGGACGUCAAGAGAUGGCAGCGCACCGUGAAGGAGGCGGGGCUCAGCAAGGAGCAGAAGAAACAGUUCCAGAGCAUUGUGGAAGCCAAGUUUCAGGCUUGGCUAGCAGAGACAGGAAACAAGAGGCAGCUGGAUGGCCUGGUGCCUUCCUCCCCCACCCACAGGGCAGCAAUGGACAGUCCCAGAUGACCACCCACCCAUCUACUUGGUAUCAAUGGACAGUCCCUAUAACACAUGUUGAAAAUGUAUUCCUUGUUGGUAUUGUGUGAGCUAUGAUAGAGAUAAAAGAAUAUGUUUUGCAAGACUAGGUUUAUCCUAGGAUCACAGCCAGAGGUCCACUAGUACCUUAAACUUUAUGCACAGAAUGCAAAGCCGAAGUGAGCGUUUUGUAAGAAGUUGUAUUCAUAUGCUUCUCUGUUACACAUGUAAACCACUGUCUGAGAUGUCUGGUUGAAACUGAUAAUCAUUUUAAAGUAAUGUCUUUUGGCAGCUAGUAAAAAGUGUUUAGGUAUGUAGGACAAAUAAAAGCAUUGUCUGAAUACCAGUAAAUUGAAGACCUACUUAAGGAGCUUUUACACCAGAUUUCUUUAUUCCUUGCUCAAUGUGCCAUACUUUC